AUGGCGUCAGCAGCAACCCCCGCUGCGCAAUCAACCCCUCCGUCACUCUCCCUCCCUCCCUCACAGUUCGCCCGCCUCCAACCUCACGCAUAUCUCCUCGCCCACCUCUCCCCUCCACCAGCAAGCAACCAGCCUUCCAUUCGAGCCAAUGGUCGCGCGCCGUCGCAGUUUCGGGUGACCUCCGCUAACACAGGCUCCCUGACCCAUACCAAUGGCAGCGCUGUCGUGCGGAUCGGUGAUACGACAGCCGUCUGCGGCGUGCGGGCGGAGAUCCUGCCCACCGAAGACAUCGCUUCGUGGAGCGUAUCACGCUCCGAGUUUUCAUCCGCUGCUUCGGCGAACAACAAGCGGCGGAAGCUCGACGACCCGACACGCGCCCCGGCAGAAACUUCCCCAGACGACGAGGACGCCGACGACACAGCGCACAUCCAAGACCUCAACCUCCUCGUGCCCAACCUUUCUCUGAGUACCGGGUGCGCGCCAGGCUUCAUUCCAGGUGCUCCUCCGUCCGCCCUAGCCCAGUCCCUAUCUCACCAGAUCCUCUCCUUGCUGCAUAGCACGCGGCUAGUCCGGGCAGAGGACCUGCGCAUCUGGUACCAGCCACCUAAUCUGGGGCCGGAGGACCUGGAGCGGCACAACGAGAGCGAGCAGAUGGACGUGGAUGCGCAGCAGGAGGAAUCCACGCAGAAGGACAGAGAGAUCAAGGCGUUCUGGGUGCUGUACAUUGAUGUCAUGAUUAUCUCCCUGGCGGGCAAUCCGUUCGAUGCUGCGUGGGCAUCUGUCUUGGCGGCGCUGAAGGAUACGAAACUCCCGCGGGCGUGGUGGGAUGUGGACAACGAGACUGUGGUGUGCUCGGAUGCUGUCGCCGAUGCUCGCAAGCUCUCGCUGCGCGGACUGCCGGUGGCGAGCUCUUUCUGCGUUUUCGAGGCUGAUGCGGCAGCUGGUUGGAGAGCGGUGAUCAUUCCUGACGCGGAAGAAGAGCGGAAGAUCGAGGAGAGUAAGAAACAAGGUAUCCAGCGGCGAUGGAUUCUCGCAGAUCCGGAUGGAUACGAGGAGGGUCUGAGUCAAGAGAGGGCGUGUGUCGUCGUUGAUAGGGAGCAGGAUGGCAAGGGUAAGCUUGUUAUCGCGAAAAUGGAAAAGAAUGGCGGAUGGGCACUCGAUACGCCCGAGUUAAAAGAGAUUGUCGACAUAUCCGCAAGACGAUGGGAGGAUCUACGACGGAUUCUUGAACAGUGUUGA